AAUUUGCAUGUUUGAUCAAACAUUGGUUCGAUAGUCAAUGAUGAGCGGAAAGCCUUGAGACAAACAUUGGUCCAUGGAAUGUAACGCAUAAUCUUAAAGGAAACGGGUUUUUAGAUUCCUGUUUUAGUUCAAAGUGAUACUUUGUGUUGAACGCAAGUGUAGCGGACUAAUUCGUAAAAUAACUAUGGAUAAUUUGAGUGAAAGGGACAGAGCAGUUUUGAGAAGUAUUUUUGAUCCAACGGCAACUAUAGGGGAUGUCGUUGAUGAUGGCGAUAAUUUUGAAGAAGAAGUUGAGCCAGCUACAGACGAGGUCAAGCAGUCUACUGCGCUGUGCACACAGGGCGUGCAACUAGCAGAGGCAGGGAAGUUGGAUGAAGCGCUCCAGCUGCUGAAUAAGGCGGUGGAGGCCGCACCAGCCAGGCCCGCUGCGUACAACGACCGCGCGCAGUUGCUGCGGCUUAUGCAGAAGGAUGAUGAAGCGAUGGCAGACCUCGAUCGCGCGCUUCAACUAACCGAAGGCAGCAAGAGCCGUGCGCGCGCGCUCACGCUUUGUCAGCGUGGCGUGCUUCUACGCAAGCGCGGGCUAGACGACGCAGCGCGCGCAGAUUUCGCCGCCGCGGCUGAGUUGGGCAGCGGGUUCGCGAAGAAACAGAUAGUGGAACUCAAUCCAUACGCAGCGCUUUGCAACCAGAUGCUGAGUCAAGUGAUGAGAGGUGAAAAGGAAAUCAAGUUAUAAAGUUAUUUUUACCACAAAUAGUGAGUCUCUUUAAAAGUACCUAAUUUUAAGUGGCCAUUUGAUUUUUAUCAUGGUUUGUCAUACAAGACCUAUUGAUUUUAUUGUUGAUAGUCUGUGACUACGGGACAUAGAGUUGCUAUCUAUUAUUACAGUACCAUUUACCGCUGUAUUUAUGGAGAUACCUCCAACGAUUAAAUUAGAUUUAAAAAGAUUGUUUGAUAGUAUCGAAAUAAAACACACAAAUCUAAUGGAUUAGAAAUUUAUAUUGUUGAGUACAAUCGACAUUUACAUCCGAAACCCUCAACCAGAGACAAUCUCCGGUGCUCCCAUCUAAAUCUCCCGCCCAAAUUGGAAAGUCUCAUACAUUCAAAAUGACGAAUGUAAUGCUACAAAUCGAAAUACUGUACUACACUAUAAUAAUAGAAUAUGUAAUAAAAUGUCAUAAAAGAUCAUGUGCAGAAAUUUUUAUUAUAAUAAAGAGCUUUGGUAAUCAAAUUUCCACACACAACCGGUUAAAAUUUAAAAGUUAUAACCCUAGGAGCGACAGUAAGUUAAUGUGAUUGAAAGUGCACUUUUGAUUAUUAAAAUAAUCUACCCUGGAGAGCUCCUGGACUUGAAUUUUGAAUGUUCUUCCUUUGGCACAAAUGUCGCAGAAAAUGCAACGGUUUCGGAAUUUACUUGUAAAAGUAGAAGGUAAAAAAUAUAACUGUUGUAAAAUCAGUCAUUAUAAGAAUAUUCAGAUACUAACUUCCCAAAACGCUCUGGUUCUUGUAAUAUUUUCUACAUUGAGAUUACAGUUGGUAGAGAUUCAUCAAAGAUUCUAAAUUUUUUAAACUAAUUAUUCUAAAAUAUUGUUGGCAUUUUGCACUAUAUUUAGAUCUAGAAGCUCUUCAAGGUAGUCCGUGAAUGGAUGAUAUAUCACAGAGGCAGUUGCAACGUGCCUUAGAAUACAAUAAAUGUGGAUACAUUCGUAAACUUACAGAAAUAUAACUAUGUAUCGAUCAAGCUAUCCAUUAAAUGGGAACUUUUCUGUAUCUUCCUUUAGUAUUAUUUUAAAAGUUACAUAAUGUCCUUUAUAUAGGCAUGUCCUAAAGUACUAUGGGAAGGACAUGAAUUUUACGAAUGUUGGCCAUUACAAAUCACGCAAUCUCGCAGCAUUUGGGUGAAUAAUAAUGGACCAACAAAUCGUAAUUAAUUUGCUACGCCUUUUUUUGCAUUUCAUUGAGAUUUAAUUAGAAAUAGGAUAUUGUCACUUGUCUCCUUAUCCAUAAAUAACAAUAUCCCUCGACGGCAUUAAAUGACCUAGCCUCAAGUAUUGUUUCAGCAGCGUUCUUAUAACCCUUACGACCUCAAAGAGACAGAAAAGUUCCCACUGUGGUCGCUUGAAUAUCAAAACUUAAUUGGUGUUGUGUCUUACAGUUUUAAAUAUCAGCAAACAAAAUGCAUAAAUAUAUCAUUAGGUACUAUCGGAGUGAUUACUUAAUUAUAUUAAAGGAAAAAUGCGUAACCAUACUGUUGGUCGGAUAAAUAGCUUUUGCAUGUUACUAUAGUAUUGUUAUGGCGGUUUAUGGCGUAACCGUUUAUCGGUUUUAAUUAAUACUUUCGUUUAGGUGGUAUUUUAUAUAGCAGUUACUGCUUAUCAGAUUCAGUUCCUGAGGUAAAGGCGCAUUAUGAGGGCUCAUAAUAUCACGUGUUAUGAAAGUUAGUUAUUAUAAUAAGUUUAUUUACUUGGGAAGCCUUGGACCUCCAAUUGAUCUAUGGGUCUCACUGUGCAGUCACCUCAGAAUUCGUUUCUGACAAACAAUAAGAAUUCGGUUUUAGUAUACACCAGUAAUAUGCAAAAAGAUACAUAAUAUAACGCUGGUGUCUACACAAAAUGAUUGGUAACCAUAUCAUAAUAUUCAAUAGAAUACGUCUAAUUAUAUGGAAAAAUAUUUACAAAUAUAUUUUGGCACAGGUGAAGGUGCAAUCGGCGACAACAAGUCACUGUAAAACUUUAAACACGUCAAAUAUUUAUUAGUAAAAUAUUUAAUAAAAAGUAUACUAAGUCCUGUAUUAACUACGGGCUUAAUCUAACAAAAGUGAAUUAGGCCUAUACUUGUAUGAGACGUAUGUAGAACAGAAAACAAGCUGGCUUGGUUGUUGAGAAAUAAAGCUGGGCGUAGACUGGGCGCUAAGAUGACAGUACCUUGGAGUUGUGGCUCGCAAGUCCGCGGUCUGUCGCCAAAGCGGCCAAUGUAGCCUCCACUUUAUAGAUCGUACACAAUGCUGUAGCAAGCUACAGGUGAGUUUAAUGGCAAGAAUGAACAUCACCCCUUUCUUUUUGGUCGGUAAUAUUGAUGAAAAUGAUUCUCGUUCGUGUUUUGCUGUAAUACAUAACUACACUGAGCAAGCCACGAACGUGACAUUUUAACUCAUAUCGUAACCGACCAGAAUAACUUUACGUUCUCGUCUCAGUUUACAGGUUAAAAAAUCAGUAAAACAUUUUUGUUUGUCUGAUUUUUAGCCUCACACAAUCUCUACAUAACAUUAAUACUGCCAAGUAUAUACAGACAUUAUUUUCUAUUUUAAAUACCAAGAUCUAAGCUGUAAACGGUAGAUAACAGCUAGGUUAAAUAUUACUAACCUUUUAAUAACAUUAAAUACUUUGACAAUAAACCUACGUUAAUAAUUUAAAUACAAUAUUAUAUUAAGUAGUAACAUUUUGACUACCAAAUGUUAAUAUACACCUGGCAGUAUUAUGACAAUCGUUUUCAUUCUAUUAUGCACAUAGUAGAGACAGUAUUUCAUUGCAGCGUACAAAAUUUCCGACUGAUGAAAGUGGCCACACAAUAUCGUGAUGUAAGAAUAACCCCAGUAAAUGUUGUAAAACAGUGUCAGUCAGCCACUUUAUAGCGCAUUUGACAAAAACAAAUCUCAAAUUGAACGCUGCUAACAAAAUAUCGCCUCUACCCCACGUGACGUCACUCCGCCAUUAUAGAAGCCUUUCAGAAGGACACAUGACUUAGGAAGAGCAACCUAACGCUAAUUAAUCUAUGCUAAAUAAUAUCAAGAUACAUUACGAACUAAUUCUCACUGAACACAUACCAUACCUAAUAAUAUCAAGCAGUUAGUAGUUUCCUGGUUGAUAAAUUGAUUAAACGGCUGAUCUUAACAUAUUCGAAUUCAAAGUUAAGACUAAAAAUAAUAAUUAUUAUUAAUUCACCUGUCAUUGACGAAACGGUAUCAAUCAGAUCAUUUGUUCUUAUAAGGUUAUCCAAUCAUAAUAACAUCCCAUAAACCAUGUCUCCAAUGGCGUUUCCAUUACAUGACAGGUAAACUAAGUCUUAACUUUAGGGUGACGGUACAGUAUUCGGUCACUUCAGCUCACUAUGUAUAGUAGGCGUUAAACUUAAAACAUAAAUAAUAUGAUUUCAAAUUGAUCGUAACAGUAUUUAAACGUUUUAACACACUUUUUGUAUCAUGAUUUUAGUAAAAGUGAGCCGAGUUACUUAUUAUAAAUCACUAAAAUAACUUAAAAAGCACUAAAGCUGAUGAUUAAAAAGCGCUAUAUUUAUUUACCUCGCAAUACUUCUUUAAUACUUAUUGACAAUAAUGACCAGUGUUAAAGGAGUUAUGUCUAUGACUAUUUACAAGUGAGAUCUUAGCAAUAGUGAAUAUAUGGUUAGAUACAUAGCUACAAGUUUCAUAAACUUUUUAUUAAUUUAUUAUAUGUCUAAACUGACCAAGUCAUAGUAAAUUAAGGAUGUAAAAGGCGUAAGCUAGCAGACUCUAAAAAAACAAGUUAUAAUAUAAACAUUUAAACUAUCAACGCUCACUAAAGAAAUACUGACAACUCUUUUGAGUCAAAUAUCAUAAAUAAACACAUCUCAAGAUAAUUACAUAUAAAAUAAAAAUACUUUGGAAUAAAUGCUUGUUUGUUUAAAUAUCUGCGUAAGCAGGGCUGCAUCCCUCAUUUUCACUCAGAGCAGCAGUGGUAGAUAACAUGUAGCCGAAAUCACGAAAAUAUAGAUAAUGAACAGCCCUGUUGAUUAAAAUGUUCAUGAUAGUGACUCAUUAGAGUUGAGUAACGUGCAAUUACCUUGAUGUUAAGCUUCUCUUAAACAGUGACAACACAAGAAUUUUAUUUAUUUUUAUUUCAUGUCAUAAAUGUUAGUGUCCUUUACAAAGGACAAGUCGAGUAGUACAAAAAAAUAAUACUUUUGUCCUAUUUGUCAAAAUACCAUUCGCAUUGUUUUUUUUUUGCUAUUUUUCUUGUGUUGUUACACCAUUAAUACAUUAUUAUCCAUAAAUAUUAUGUUAGGCGAAUCAUCAAGCGAGAAUCUUAGCUGGGCAGAGAUCCACGUACAGAAUACUGCAGGAGAAUCAAUAUUUUGCUGUCAAUUUUUUUUAGAACCAAGGAUAUGUUAAAAAAAUUUAUAAAGCCCCAAAUCACUAUGAUUUAAGCGAGUCUCUAGAAGAGAUAUUUUAGGAAUGAUUCAAGUCUGAUUGGUCUUGGUAUUGGAAUUCCAUCUUGAAUUUCAAUAACGUUUUGGGCGUAUUUUCUAUUUAUUUUCAACAUUUUUUUAAGUAGGUAUACAUAGUUUCCCUACACAGUAUUCCGUACGUGAGAAUGACUCGGGUUGGUGCAUUAAGCGUACGUGGAUCUGCACUUUUUUAUAUCACAAAGGAUUUUUAUACUGAUGUGAGAUUAAAUUAAGUUACUUAUUUAGUAGACAAUCUUCCCCCCUUGUAAUCAUAUUAUUUUCUUGUGACUGGGUGAUAUUUGUUCGUCAAAUUAAUAACUAGGAACAACGAAAUAACCCGUUCUGUUCUAUUUGUUUUACUUACUUUCCUAUUUUGUGAAUCCUAAGCUUAAGAUGUAAUCCAUUUAUGUAGUUAAGCACAACGGUUUGGGCCUAUAGAAGUGAUGCUCAGGGCAGUUUUUAUCCUACUAGGGCGGGGCCCUGGCCAUUAAAAAAA